UCGGAGGACGCGGAUCAGGCGUUCGCGCCGGGCAGCCCGGCCGAGGGGUCCUUCGUGGAUAACGAAGGAGGCAAGAUGGCGGCGGUGGCAAGAGGAUUCGGAGCAGCGGCCUUGGGGAGGCUGCGGGGCCGCUUCUGCCAUUUGGGAUUGAGAAGUCUUCAUUCAACAGCCAAACAGCCUCAGCACUUUGCUGCACUCCAGAGGUUCCCAGCUCGGCCUGCAACGCUGCAGUCGGAGGUGUUGGUACGGUCAAUGUUCAUCCAGACUCAAGACACCCCGAAUCCAAACAGCCUGAAGUUCAUUCCGGGAAAGCCGGUCUUGCCGUCCAGGACCAUGGAGUUCACCUCGCCUGCUUCCACCUAUUGCUCGCCCUUAGCCAGGCAGCUGUUCAGGAUCGAAGGCGUUAAAAGCAUCUUCUUUGGGGCCGACUUCAUCACGGUCACAAAGGAAAGCGAGGACGUGGAUUGGAACUUAAUAAAGCCAGACAUUUACGCCACAAUCAUGGACUUCUUUGCCUCCGGCCUCCCUGUCAUCACUGACGAGGCCCCUCGCCCAGAGACAGCUCCCUCUGAGGAAGAUGACGAAGUUGUGCUUAUGAUAAAAGAGCUGCUGGACACCAGGAUAAGGCCAACGGUCCAGGAAGACGGGGGCGAUGUUCUCUUCAAGGGCUUUGAAGACGGGAUCGUUCAGCUGAAAUUGCAGGGCUCCUGCACCAGUUGCCCCAGUUCCAUCAUCACCCUCAAGAACGGGAUCCAGAACAUGUUGCAGUUCUACAUCCCAGAGGUCGAAGGCGUGGAGCAGGUGGUGGAUGAGAACGAUAACGAAGAAAAGGAAGCAAACCCGACCUGAAUCGGGGAGGGUUGGGACUCUUUUAACAAAAGGAGUGAGUUUCUUUGUUGUCUCUGCAAAAAAGGCCACAUUUUCCAGAAAAUUGAGACUGUUUUCAGGGCGACUCCACAAUUCUGGAAGAGGCGAAUUCAUAUUUGAAGUAGCUUCUAUUUUCUUGGAUGAAAAUGUGCAGAGCAUCUCUUAUUAUUUUCACUUUUGUGCAGUGACUUUCAGAAAUGCAGUGUUAGAUAUUGAUAAAGCAACAAGGCCUUGCUAAUGCCCGUCA